AUGUUUCAGAAUCUACUAGACCAUGUAAAUGCUAAUGGAGAACAGAUGCCUAUAGCUUCCUCAAGCAUGAUUCGUUCCCAUAGUGUAUCCGGUGACCUGCAUGGUGUUCAACUUGAUCCUGUAGCAGCUGAUAUUCUUAGGAAAGAGCUAGAGCAUGAAACUUUUUUAUAUUACCUUGCUUAUGUUAGAAAAUUUUGUGUUGGUGGGUUAUUGCUGCAGAGUAUGCAAAUUCAUUUUAUAGCCUCCAAUAAUGAUUGUGGAGUUAGAGACUUUGAUAUGGAAAAAUUUCAACUCUGUAAGCAUUCUCGUUAUCCAUGGCAAGUUAAUAUCAAGCAUGUGUAUCAGGAUGCCAAUAGCAUUGCAGAAUUUCUGGCUUCUUAUGUAGUCCUUUAUGGUAGAAACUCUGAUUUUUCUGAAAAUGGGAAGCUGUUCACUGCUAGAAGAGUGCUGCUUGGGGUGCUGGGCAGUGAGCUAUUUUAUUGUCUGAGUUCAGUUGGGAGGAGGAGUUUUGUGUGCUUUGCUGUGGUUUUGGGGGUGAUUGACUUGCCUGUUCCUCAUUUUUGGUCAUCCCCUCUUUUGCUUGUGUGCACUGUGAAGGGAUUGGGAGGUGUUAUCGAUGUUGUGGAGGUGCAUGUGCUGCUUGGUGUUCUAGGCAGUUUUAAACGGCUUCCUUGGUUCAGUAUCAGUUUGGAUGCAGUGUGUGAUGUGCUUCUGGGCUGCUGGUUCUGGGGCAGGGUAUUUCCAGCUGGGCUUCUUUUUCUCCUUUGUGCUGUGUUGUGCACUGUUUACGUGACUGUUCAUGUGAACAGUCUUCCUGCUGAUGCUGAUGGAUUUUCAACAACUCUCCUCAACUGCUGGCUCUUAGCUGCUGCUUCCCUGCUGGACUUCAGCUAG